AACACGGAUGUCAUUGGUCUGUUUCACAUGUCUGCUGAUGUGCCGGGUUAGGGUGUUUUUUUUCUCUUUCGUAACCCAUCAUUGUUUAGCAUUUGUGUGGUAAUACGGUUGUUAAUGACGCCUCGCCUCUGUGGUGUCGUUAGGAGCUUUCUAUGAGCACAAUUGGCCUCAUUCAGACGGGGUGGAAACUGCUCUGAGACGUUGCUAGCUGGCGUUACCUCCAGACCUGGAUAACAAGCUAACGUUAGCUUGCUGCUCUGUCGAUAUAGCCAGUGUUAGGUUAUUUGCAUUGACGUUAAAAUGGGUGAGGAAAUUAACGACAACCUCAUUAACACGUGCUGUGAACCCACUGAAAACGCCAAUGUUGAGGAAAACGGCGAGACAGUAGAAGGUGGUAUGAAAUGUUACACAUUAGAGGAGAUAAGACUGCAUAAUAUGAGCAGUGACACAUGGCUCAUCAUCCACGAUAAAGUGUAUGACAUCACAGGUUUCCUUGAAGAGCAUCCGGGAGGUGAGGAAGUUUUGCUGGAGCAGGCGGGCGCAGACGCCACAGAGAGCUUUGAGGAUGUGGGUCAUUCCACAGAUGCCAGGGAGAUGCUCCAGCAGUACUUCAUUGGGGAGCUUGCCAUGUGCGACAGACGAAAGGACACAGCAAAGGAUGAACAAGUUGCAAACUCAGGAGAGUCCAGCAGCUCCUGGACCACGUGGUUGAUACCUGCGAUUGUUGCAGUUGUCGUUGGCGUCAUGUAUCGCUUCUACAUGUGUGAACACAAGUCCUCUUGAGUGCUGGCAUCCCGUUUUCAUCUCACUCUUUUCGUCUGGAGGCCUUGAAAUGUUUGACCAAAUCCUCCUCACCCUGAACGCACACCAUUAGGAGCGUCUGCCUCCUCUGCAGCGAGAGAAGGAGGGGAGCAGUUUGCUAAAGUGUUUUCGUCCUCGUCCAUCUACAUAGCGUGCACCAAGCAGACAGUUGGGGCAGAGACUUAAUUAAAUUGUCUGCCUUCCGUUUCUUUGUAUAUCCUUGUCACUAUGCGUAUUGUCAUUAAUGUUUAACUUAAAACUUUUCAUAUGCAUUUGAUCCAUUUGGUCUUUGUUUGUUCAUUACCCAUUUGCCUGCUCAGAGCGAGAUCACAUUAGCAGCCUGGUAUACACGCAUCAUCAUUACACAGAUAGACAAAAUGGAGACAUUGAAGGAGAUGUUAGGAUGCAGAAUGGUGAUGGAAUCAGGGUUAUAGCUAACCGUGACCAUUCAACUUUUUACACUGAAUUAUAACUUCUGAUGCAUUUUCUUAGUUCGAAUAGAGAAAUGUUACUGCUGCCUGUCUGUCAGUAAGAACUAGGUUCACUCCUUACUGCGCAGAUCUGGUUAAGCAUUGCAUCAUUUCAUUGUAAAUGCAUAAUCUUUCCAAUUAUGUGAUUGCGGUGUCAAAUCUUCAUGUCUGUUCUGUUUUUAAAAAUAGUGGUGAGUUAUGUUGUAUCAGUGAAUAUUUAAGGUAGAAUGUGUUUUUUUUCUACAGAUCUGUUUUGAGGAAUUUGUGUAAAUGUUCAAACUGCCUGAUCCAUAUAUUAAUAUAAAAUUAUGUAGUAUGUAAUGAUACAAAAAUAUUUUAUUACCCAGAUAUAAUAGCUGACAGUGAAUGAUGAGUAAAUACCCUUGAAAGAUGAGAAGUUUUUAUUUGAUUGCUCUGUUUGAAAAUGCUAAUCGUUCCUCACUAUGCCAUUUGUUAUUUAACUGAUGCUUUUUCACAGCUCUGUUUGUCGUUAUGCAUCUUGGUUUUAUGUUUUGAGUGAGUGAAACCAGCAUCUGUCACUGGAGGGUUUGAAUUGUAUUCCAUGAGGUCUGAUGUGUUUGUUAGUUGGUAAAUUGAGGGACUUGCCCGCAGUCAUUAGAGCCGUAGAUGGGUGUCUUUCAGGCUACAGUACAUGCAUAUUUAAUCAGCUAUUUCAGUUACUCACCCUCUCUGAAUUCUCUAGGUUGCUGUUCAGAUGAUGACACUGUUAAAUAUGUAAUAUGAGCUUUACACAGCAUUUCUGAAAUCACCCCUUUUAAUGAAUAUUCUGAAAUAGGCUAUUUUAUUUCCUAGUACUAUCAAAACAAGCAUUUUACAACUACAAUGAUCGUAGCAAUUUGAAGUCCAUUUACCACCUGUCAAUCCACCAAAGUUCAAAAUUUCUGAGUGUAACUUGCUGCUAUUUUUACAUGUGACUACUUGCAGAUGUCAAAAUCUCGUUGGUUGACUUUAAAGAAAAAUAUCUGCCAUCUCUUUGCAUUUCAGCUGACAUUUCCUGUCAUUAAGUCUCUUUGAAUAAAAUUAAUCUUUCAAAUUAA